AUGGAUCCUUCAUCAGAGGAACUACAGGAGUUUGAGCGCGCAUUCCAUAUGAUAGACCAAGAUCGAGUCGGUUCCUUUACGAGUAAAGAUUUGGGUAUUUUUAUGCGUAAUCUGGGCAUGAAACCGAUUGAGGGCGAUUUACAGUCGAUGAUCAAUGAAAUUGAUUUGGAUGGCAAUGGUACGGUUGAGUUUUCCGAGUUCCUUCUCGCAAUGUCAAUCAAAAUGUGUCAAAUGCCCAAUGACGAUGAGCUUCGCGAGACCUUUCGCGUCUUUGACAAAGAUAACAAUGGCUUUAUUACAGCAGGUCAAAUUCGCGGAGUAUUCCUAGAGCUCAAUACGAAUCUGAACGACGAAGAGAUUGAUGAAAUCUUACGUGAAGCAGACAAGGAUGAUGAUGGAGUGGUCAGCUUGGAAGAUUUCUCCAAAAUGAUGUACACUAGGUGA